AUGCCUUUUAUUACCGAUGUCAAUGAGUUUCAAGCUCUUUUGAACUCUUUUUCCUCAACCUGUGACUGGGAAAUGUUAACCGAAUCCGUUUUAAUUCUUGAUGAGUGGAUCCCAAUAGCGUAUGCUCGGCUGUCAGAACUCACAGCCCAAGAGCUACCAGUAAGUAAUUUGUUCAGUCUCAGUUCUCUCCUGAUAUUUUUUGUUAUUGGUUUAGUUUCCACAUUAAAUAAACGUGUGACUAAACUAAAUUAUUCCUGCAGAUUGAAAUCAAUCAGGACCUGAGUAAUGAUGAAAUCAACGAAGCUGAUGAGCUCAACAAUUUUGUAAGUAUAUUUUAUCAGCAGUUUAAGUCAGUUCUAAGUUUAAAUAGAAAACUGAUCUUAAUUAUUCACCCUCGUUUACUCUAGAGGCCUGCAGAGGAUGAGUUGAUCGCUGAUUUUUGAGUCUACUAUCUACUCAACGAUUCGGUAAGUUUUGCUUUUCCAAAACGACCUUGAGUAAUUUUCUGUAACCGUCAUUUAAGUUUGUUAUGUUAAUAGACAUCACCUACAUUUGCAUUUGAUCUAUUGAACUAAAUCGCGUGUCUUUUGUUUGAAACCAGCCAUCAGUAACAUUGAUUUCCUGGCGUGGGUUCGCCAGCAAAGGCCCAGCAGUAAAUGGGUGGUGGAUUUGAUUACAAACGUCACCUGGUUUGUGUGGAAAAACCGUGAUCAACCCAUCGGCCGAGGAACAUUUUUUCCUUCAUAUAUAGCUGAGAAUCAUGGUAUUGCUGCUCUUGAUCAUAACCAUCAAACAGGCAAACCCUAUGAAGACAACCUGUGUUUUUUCCGCUGUCUGGCCGUCCAUAACGGCUGCCAUACAAAGAAUUUAGAGAGAGACACUGUACUACUACCAACAAUACUGAGACGCUGGGUUAGGAAAAAAGAAAUUUCAUGGAGUCAAGAUAAGUGAGCUGGACGAACUGGAAAAAUUUUACAAAGUCAAUAUACAAGUGUACAGUCUCGCGCCAACACAAACCCACAGUGAAGACAAAGACGAUUAAGGAAAUGAUCCCAAGAUUGCCGCUACACUCCUCCGUCGAUCACACUGCCAUUUUUCAAGCAUGAUGUACCUCAACCUCUACGAAAACCAUUUUCCGUAUAUUAAAGAUCUCGCCCGGUACUCAAAGUCCUUUUGUUGUUCCCGUUGUGGUAAAUUCUGGAAUUGGCGUCAAAUUUAAGACAACACGAAAAGACCUGUGACAGCAAAGUUCAGCUGAAGUAUCCAGGCAGCGCGUACCAUGUACCUAAAACAGUGCUUCAAGAAUUAGAAGAAGGAGGCACCAUUGUCCCUGAAGCACGCUAUUUUCCUUACAGAGCCACCAUUGAUUUUGAAUGCUACUUCAACAAGGAGAACGCACUAGAACUGAGAAGCACACACAAAUUGAACUGGGAAUCUGCCCAUGUCCCGCUCAGUGUGUCUGCAGUAACGUCCAUGGUUAUGAAACAACUAAAUGUUUUUAAAGCGUACAAGUGUGAACCGACCAAAGGAUUUUUCCCAUACCAGUGGCUAGAUUGUUUGGAUAAAUGAGAAGAAACAUCGCUACUUCCUCACUCUGCCUUCUAUUUAUCCCUGAAGAACGCUAACAUCACUGACGAAGAGUACGCCUAUUGCCAGCAAGUAUGGGAAGACAAUGAAAUGGUCACGUUUAAAGAUUUCUUGGUUUGGUACAAUAAUCUGGAUGUAGUACCUUUCCUAGACGCUUUAGAAAAAAUGGGACAGCUCUGGCAAGAAAGAGAGAUCGAUAUGUUUAAAGAAGGGAUUUCUGUGCGUGGUCUGACCCUCAAGUACCUCUUUACGUUUCUGGGCAACCAAACAUACUUCAGUCUCUUCGAUCAAGCCAACAGUGACUUGUAUCAUCUCAUUAAAGACAACAACACCAGCAGCCCAAGGAUCAUUUUCCAUCGUUACCAUUAAGCCAGCAAAUAUUGAGUGAAUAUUAAGCGAGGUGUGAAAUGAGCGUUUGUUUGGGUCAAGAAGUGGAUAUUCGUGUACUAGAUCAUCUCAAAGAGAAGUUUAGUGAAAUGUGCCCCAUCUUCAAGAACACAGAAAUCAGCCACGCUGAUUUUGGAGACUUCAUGCAAACUUAUGCACCCCAUCCGCUACACAAACUCUGAGAAACUUGGAUAGUGAAAUGAUUAAUAUUUUACCCAGUUAAGAUCUUGAUGAUGAGGAAAAAGCAAAGCUUUACAACCAAGUGUUGCUGUGGUACUUGACUUAUUAUGCUCAGAGAAAAGGUCAACCUCUCCAUGUGAAAAUAUCAACUCCCAAAGCUAUAGAAACACUUACACUCGAAGAGAAUGAACAACCUGUGGAAGAACCUGCCCCAGAAAAAUCUAUUUCAUCAGCCAUAGAGCAAGAAGUCAUCAAAAGUGUGCCCAAAAUUUACAAAGCCGGGGCUAGACAGUCACGUUAACCAGACUUGAGGACAAGCUAUAGAUUGUAACUGACGGAGCAGUCAAGGACCCAGGAAUAGGUGCUACUGUUUGUUUCUUCAAUGCUAAGUUGCGGGGCUCACACGCAAUGUGAGUACCAAGCAAGGUAGAAGCCCUCUCUAUUGUGGCUGCUAUGAAGCACUUCAGACAAAAUCUUAUACAGUCAACCAAGAAGGCCUACAGUACCGACAGUAAGCCUUGUGUUCAGGCAUAUGAGAAGCCCUGCCAAGGGGAGUUCUCUGCCAGCCCUUAUGUAUCCACUUUCUCGUCAGUUGCGAGCCGCUGUCAAGGUUUAGUCAGGCAUGUCUGCGGCGCUGCUAUCCUAUGUGUCAUUUCUUAAAGCCAAAAUGCCUCAACCUGUGAAAACGAGACCUGUUAGGUGUGCUCCUUCAUCACUUGAACCAGGGACUCUUCCAGUCACCAGUUGAAAAUGGCCAUUAAGUGCUAUAUAUUUGCCCUCAAUGUAGACAAGGCCGUCUCUCAUGUCUCUGAUGGAUGCCACUCCUGCAGCAAUGCCAAAGCUCUAAAACUGUAUGAAUUGACCAGUCCACUCCCCCACUACUUAAUGCUAUUGGUUGGUCCUUCACCACAGAUGUCAUAGAACAUCCUACCUCAUUUGCAUCCAGACAAAGGCAGAGAGAAAUUACUCGCAUUUGGAGAGAGAAGCACUCGCCAUAAUCUUUGGUGUGCAGAAGUUUCAUCAAUACUUGUAGGGUGGACCAAUUGCACUAGAAACUGACCACGAGCCCCCAGAGUCCUUUUAAGAAGACCUUAUCGACAUGGCUGCAGCUUGAAGCCAGUGAUGGGCACUAACAUUAGCUGCAUAUGAUUUAAAUUUUAGCGCUUGCCCAGUGGCCAAUGCGAGUGUCAAAACUAGUGGGCAAUUGGAAUGCCAACUAGCUCUGCUAUGAAGUGUGGGAUUAGCCCUUAAUCCUCUUACUUAACAAUCUCGCUCAACCUUUAUAUAUCCUGAUGUGAUUGUAUGAUAAAUCAGUUGACCUUAGGCGUUGCUCAUGUAAUCUUGCUGAAUCAUUAAAUUGUAUGUCCUUGAAUAUAUAAAUCACACAUGGUGUCAGAUGCGGGAUCCUACAGGAGGAAAAAGAGGUAGCAGAAAAGAAAUUUGUUUCGCCACUUUGUUUCACUCGCACGAAUGACAUCCAAUGCUCAAGAUCCAAAGGAAGAAAUAAUCGAGGAAUCAAGCAUGCUAGUCAUGUCACCGCCCACAGCCGCAGUGGAAACAAGUUCUUUAACGGGCUCAAUACAGACAGAAUACCCACAAAGUGAAAGCGUGAAAAUGGCGGCAGCGCAGUUUCAUAUUCCUUCUCUGGCUAAGUUUGCUCCCAAAACAUAUGAUGGGGACCACUGGAUAAAGUGCUACCAGUUAUUUGAAGCAGCUAUAUAACGGGAUGGGCUGUCCAAUAAGGUGCGCAUUGACAUGCUUAUUUACGCACAGGGAAAAAAUGCUGUCGACAUUUACGAUGCAAGUGUAAAACAAAAAUUCAAGGAUGAUUCAUUAAUUCAGAUGUACUGUCAUCGGUUUUUAAAAUGUGGAGAUAUUUUCUUGGAGUAUCUACAAUUCCCCACAAAAAAGAUGCGUGUGAAGAAUGUCAAACCCCCAGAAAGGCAGAUUGACCCUUUUGUGACCUGGCAAGCCAUUUCAUAG